AUGUUGCGUGAUUUAAUAGCUUGGGUGCUCAAUAAUUAUCUAGGAAAAUAUGUCGAGAAUCUAAAUACUACUCAGCUAACAGUAGCACUCUUAUCUGGCGAAGUCGAGCUUGAAAAUUUGCCGUUAAAGAAAGAUGCUCUCAGUCAUUUUGGAUUGCCAAUUAAGGCUUACAGUGGAUCAAUUGGAAAGAUUAAGCUACAGAUUCCAGUCAGGCAGUUUCGAACAGCUCCUUGGUGUAUUAAUAUCGAGAAAGUUUACGUCGUUUGCGGACCUGUUAAUCUUGAUGAGUGGGACAAUAAUGCAGAAGAGCUAGCUGAUUUACAUUAUAAGCAAUCAUACCUUGAUAAUUUAGAGGUAAAAUGGCGAACACAAAAUGAAGACAGUUCGUACUAUGCAAGUUCCUAUUCAGGAUGGAUGAGUUAUGGCACAUCGUUAAUAACAAAUAUUGUCGAGAAUCUACAGCUUAAUAUAAAAGACGUCCAUAUUCGUUAUGAAGAUUCCAUCACAAUUCCUAAAAGUAAUUUCUGUUGUGGUUUAACAAUCGAAUCGCUUACUGCACAAAGCUGUGAUACAAAUUGGAUUCCUGGUUUUACGACAAACUGGGCACAAAAUGAGGCUACAUUUAAAUUAAUAGAACUUAAUUCAUUGAGUUUUUAUAUGGACGCAUUAGAUCCUGAUGAUGUGCUAAGUAAAUUUGAAAGCAAUGAAUUAGUUGAAGGAAUCGAAAGAAUUAAAGCAAAAAGUCAUGAAUAUAUAAUUAAGCCAGUAUCUGCACAAGCUAAAUUCAAAAGAGAUCGCAGUGAAACGCCUUUACGUACUAGAAAUCGUCCACGAUUAACUUGCAAUCUAAUCUUAAAUGAAAUUUCCUUAUCACUUAAUGAGAAUCAAUAUAAUUUAUUAGUCAACGGUUUUCGCGGAAUUGAUGAUGUUGCAAAAUACAAAAAAUAUCGCUUAUUACAGCCACAAGUUAAUGUAAAAGAAAAUGUGCGUGCUUGGUGGAUUUAUGCAGCUAAAUGUCAUGGAUUUUUAAGGCACAGAGAUUCAAUGUUGACAGCAAAGAAUAAUAUAAAAUAUAUUAAAAUAUGUAUGAAAUUAAUAGCUAAUCCAAAUGAAAUAUUAACCAGUGAUGAUAAAGAAUUUAAGGAAACAAUAGAAAAAGAAAGGAACUUGGAUGAAUUAAGAGAAUUGAGAGAAAUUUGCAUGUACAUUCUUCCACAACCACAUGAAAUAAAAGCUGCGGCAGCAGCAGCAAAUAAUCAAGGACGAUCCAUGCUUGUUCAUUGGUUUCCUGGAUGGUGGGGAUGGUACGGAAAUAGUAAUGUCUCGCCUGUCAAUCAAUCUCCUCCAUUAUCGACUGGAUCUACACCAAAUAUUGAACCACAAACGAGCUUUGAAGAUGAAUUGCUUAAUGCACUUGCUGACACAGUCGAAACGAAUUCAAUUUUAAAGCGUGAUGCUGUUUUUGGCAAGUUCCAAUUUACACUUAAAAAAGGUUCGUUGGAUGUUUAUAGAGGAGGAGUCAAUGAAAAGUUAAAAGAAGCAAUUCAAUUUCAUUUUGAGGAACUUCUGUUGAAUGUUGAGUCAAGACCAAGGUCAGGUUCUCAUUUAGUAAGUCUGUCACUUGGAUCAAUUCUUGUUAAAGACUUCCUCACACCAAACACAGAAUUUCCAGACUUAAUUAAGCCACAAUCAAAGGAUGAAUUAUUGUUAAAGACAAAAUUACAAAGAAGUCGGAUAUCCUUAAAUCUUUUGGCUACAUCUCCACCAAUACCUGAUGAGAAUCCAGAACCUUUAUUUCAAUUAGAAUAUGAGAAUAAGCCACUCGCAUACACAACAGAUUAUAGACUAUUAAUUAAAUCACGUUCCCUUGAUAUCGUCUAUAAUACGGACGUAAUGACAUGGCUUGUAGAGUUCCUAUCGAAACCACACGUUCAAGGUGCACGUAGAAAAAUCGAGGCAAUGAAGAAUAAAACAAAAAUGGAACUAAAGAAAAACUUUAAUGACAUUAUUGAAGGUCGUUUGAGUGAGCGAAAGACAUGGACAUUUGAGAUUGAUGUAUCAGCACCACAAAUCUUGUUUGUUGAAAAUUUUAUAGAUCGUCAAGGAACGACAAUUGUUGUGAUUGAUUUUGGACGGUUACAGUUGUCAAAUUGUCUCCAAAAUCGCGUAAAUAAUGCUGGUAAAACAACAACAAUACAGGACGGCAAUCAAUUUGAUGUUUCGAUUAAAGAUAGCGAGGAUGACGAGUUGUUCUUGACACCAUGUUCAACACCGCCUGAUUUUGAGACAUUAACAAGUCUAGAAAGUCCACCGACAAUGGCAUCUGAUUUAUAUCAAACUCCAUUAUCAUCAAAUCUUAGUCAUAAGCCAUCAAUCCAGUUGUCUGCGGAUGAAACUGAAAUAAAUGAGACAACUUUGUACCAUAAAAUUUAUGAUAGAUAUGAAAUCAGCUUGACAGACUUACAAGUACUUGUUUGUAAAGGCAGAGAGCGUUGGAAUUUCGCUAGUUCAAAAGGAACAUCCAAUUUGCAUGUCCUUGAUAGAUUCAAUAUCUCAUUACAGCUUGAAAGACGAAUUGUUCAAACAACAGAUCCACAAUAUCCAUCACUAACUUUAUGUGGAACUUUACCGAAACUUAAUGCGCAUAUAAAUGAAUCAAAAAUCACUUCAAUUACGAAUAUGCUUAAUAGUAUUUAUAACAGCGCAAAUGAUACGCCAAUAAAAGUCGAUUCACCAAUUUUAGAAUCAAAUGUCAUUGAGGAAGCGGAUGUCAAUGACUCUUAUAGCCCAGAUACAUCAAAACUUAUUUUAUUACAAUUCUCAAUUGAUCAAAUGUCAUUGGAGGUUCAAUCAUGCGGCAGAAGUAUUGUUGAACUUCAAGUUUCUGGAGUCAAAGCUGGACUUACUCAAAGAGCUAAUGAUACGAACAUUACACUUUCUGUUCAUGGACUUUUACUUGUUGAUGCUAUGCAAAGUUAUGGACCUGAUUUUGAGCUUCUUAUUGCAAGUCAUCGUCAUGUUGGAAUGGAUAGUUUAUCGGGAAGUUUAAGGCAAAGUGAGCCUUGUUCUCCGUGCUCGCCUGGAUCUCCAGAUCCUUCUAUGAAUAUUCGUCCAACAAGUCCUUUGUCUAUUUCAAGGGCUAUAAGCUCGCUGCAAAGAGUUAAUUCACCUCCUCCAAAUGCUUGGAAUGCUUCAUUCGACGAUAUAGAUGCGCUGAUAACAAUUGAAGUAACAUUCAUUGAACCGGAAGGUGAUGGUGAUAGACUGCAAGUUGCGAAUAUUCAGUUUAAUAAUUUGGAUAUUAUUGCGAAUCAAGAGACAAUUGUUGAGCUGCUUGGAUUUGUGAAAAGAGUAUUGCCAAAAAAGACAUCAAAAAGUCGAGUUUCAAGGCCUGUCUAUGAUGAAAGUAAUUUAACAAACAAGCCAAAAGACGAAAGAAAUUUAAGAACUGAAAUAACUUUCGAUUUUCAUCGAUUGAAUGUCUUGAUAUUGCGUGCUGUUAUGAGAGAUAGUUUCUUAGUUGCAAGAAAAGUUGGAACAUUUACAAUGAGCGAGGCUAAAAUUCAUUCAACAAUUGGAAAGUCUAUUAAAGUUGAAGGUUCUCUUGGCGGACUUCAAGUCAUCGAUUUAACGCCAGAAGGAAUUAAUCAUCAAAGAAUAUUAUCUGUUGGACAUGAUCCAUUGACUGACAUCCCGAUAGAAACUAUAGAUCCAGUAAUAACAUUAUCUAAUGAGAUUUAUGGAAUUAAGACACAAUGUAGAGAAGAUCGGCAAGCUUUAUCAUUUAAAAUCUCGAGAAAUUUAAAUGCUUGUGUCGAUAUAAAAAUUCGAAUGGGAUCUGUGUGGCUUAUUCAUUGUGCUAGAUUCAUGCAGGAACUGAGUUGGUGUGCUACUGAAUUUAAGCAUUACUUAAAAAAUCUUGCAAAAUCAAUUAAAGAGAAAGCAACAGACAUGGCUUUGGGGCUUGUACAGCCUCGUUCGGGAGAUUUAAUUAGAAGUGUACAAGAAAUGUCGAGUUCACCUCAUCACUUAAAAAGACAAAGAACAAUUUCAAUAACAAGAUAUCCAGAUGAUAAUUUUACCACAUCGCCUUCUGUAAAAAUAUCCCUAGACAUUGUUUUAAAUACACCAGUUUUAAUUGUACCGAGAUCAAGUAGCAGUCCUCAAGUAUUAGUCGCACAUUUAGGUAAAAUAUCAAUAAGUAAUCACGGAGGAUUGGAAAAUUGUGAAUUAUUGAAUGAAACAUUAACAACAAUAAAUGAGGAUAAGCUGCAUUUAAGCUUUAGUGCACAAGAUUUUAAUAGCGAAGAAAAUAUCCUUUUUGACAUAGAAGAUGUAGAAGAAACAGUUAAAGGAUCUGUGGGCGAUGAUGAUGAAUUAAGUUGUGAUAUUUAUACAAUUGACAUAAGAAACAUGAAUUUAUAUUCAUUGGAUACCACGUCACGUAAAGGUUUUCGUUUUUCAGCUCUGCCACGUUCUGAAGAAUUUUAUUCAUGCCAAGAAGAUGCAGUCGCAAUUAUCCAUGACACAGCAAUAAGGUUAGAAAUUUGUCGUAAAACUGACUCUACAUCGAUGCACUUUGAAUCGAGUGGUGGUUCCUUUGUAAGCAUGAAUGAUGUUUAUGAAGAGAAAUUAAAUCAAUUAAUAAUUAGUGGAAGUAUUGUGAAUCCACUAAGAUUAUCUUUAAAACGUCCACAAUAUGAGCAACUUCUCGAUACAAUUGAGAAUGCAUUUAAUGUGCCGAAUGACUUGCUACGUCCACCACAAGAUGGAAGUUCAAUUAAAUAUCCAAUGACUGAAAAACAGGAAUCUGAAGAACAUGAUACAUUUUCAUUCGAUGAUAAUGAGAAAAUUAAGAAAAUUUUAUUCUCACAAUCAAGUAUCGAAAAGAGAAAGGAUGAGAUGCUUCCAAAAGUCAUAUUUAGUCUCCCAGUCUUUAUAAUUCAACUUAAUAAUGCAGAAAAUUCACCAGUUGUUGAGAUAUGCUUUCGUGAUUUUAAUGUCAAUUAUGAAAAACAGAAUCAAUGGGAAACGAACCUUCAAGUAUCACUUAGAAGUGUCAUUAUGGAAGAUUUGCUACGUCCAAUUGACUCGAAACAUAGAAUUAUGGUAACAUCUGCAAAUGAUGAACAGCAACGCUUACAAACUCCAUUUUUAUCUAAUUCAUGUCCUGAUUUAACUUCCUUUGGACGCGGUGCUAAUUUACUGUCUACAUCAUUGCCUGAUAAUUUAGAGCAGAAUGUUGGAUUUAAGCAAUUUAUUAAGCGACAAAGUAUAACAAGGAAAUUGCAGAAUAUCACAUCAAAUUGUCCAGGAACUCCUCCGCCUUCACCACAACAAACUAAAUCAACAGAAGAUAAUUUAGUGAUUUAUUCAAGCUUUAUAGUUGAUCCUCAAUGUCCACAAUUUGAGUCUAAAUAUCAAUCAAUAAGAGCUAAAAGUUCUAUUGACUUUAACUGCUUAAGCCUUAAUAUUUCUGUUGAAAGUUGGUUUGUUCUACUUAAUUUCUUUGGAUUACUGUCUGAUGACGAUUCUAAUUCCAAUAAAGCAUCAAAUGUCACAACACAAACUGAAAAUGAACAAGUAUCAUUAGAGAAAUCAGAAUUGGACAUAACAAUCAAGUCAUUAACUUUAGUUCUCGUAAAACCUGAAUAUGAACUGGCUAGAGCGAACGUAUCUAAUGCUCGAUUUAUAGUAACUAAAGUUGGACUCGCAAAAACUAUCGAGGGAUCUUUAGGAUCAAUUUCUGUGACUGAUUUGACAGUUCAUGGCUGCAUUUAUAGAGAAAAAUUUAUGACAAGUGGAAAUGAAGCUCUCAAGUUUACUUAUAUCAAAGAUUCAUCGAAACCAGCGGCUGGAAAGAGGUCAUUAAAGAAAGAUGCUGAGGUGAAUAUUAAGAUGUCAUCUGUAAGAUACGUCCAUACUAAACGGUUUGUGAUGGAUGUUCAAACAUUUAUCAAGGAUUUGUUCCAACUUCAAGUGCCUGUCAUGAAGAAAAUGAAGUCAGAUCAUCAAAUACGUCCAACACAAUUGGGAUUAGAGAUAUAUGCUGAAUCGCCAUUAAUUCUCUUGCCAAUGAGUGCUCGUAGUGAGAAAUUGAUUAUUGCCAAUCUAGGACAGCUAACACUAAAGAAUGAAUUUAAAAUGUCGAAUGAUCGAGAGACAAUAAGUGUUAGAAAAGAGAAAUAUGGACCGAUAGAGAUGCUCGAUGUCAUGAUGGUGAAUUUAUUACAUACAGAUUUAUUUGCUGGAUAUCGUGUUCAAAAGAGUGAAAAUACAAGAUUGCAGCCAAUAAUUGAAAACAGCAAUUGCAUUGACAUGGGAAAUUAUUAUCUUUACAAAAGUGGCGAUAGUUUAUUGAAAAAUCAGUGUCACUUAAAGCUACAAAUUGAGAGAAACAUUGAUUCAUGGCGGAGUCAUAAUGUUGAUGACAUUUCAGUUCAUGGAUUUUUGACGAAACUUGAAGCUGAAUUGACACUUGCACAAUAUAAACUCAUUCGUGGAUUUUUAUCAUAUAAUUUAGGCGAGGAAAUUGAUGAUGUAUAUCAGUCAUCAGUUUUGACAAAUAUUUAUGAUAGCUCACUAAGUUUAAACUCGAGUUUUGCUGGAAAUGAAGCAGAUAGCACAUGGAAUAAUUUAUCAAUAGUUCUUGACUUGCAAGAUGUUUCUGUGUCUAUGAAACACACGCCAGAAAGUAUAUCAUUAGCUUGUAUAAAUUUCAUUAAAUCGACACUUAAAGUUGAUUCCAAAAGUGACGGAUCACAAGAUAUUGACUUAAUAUCGCAGGAAAUUCUCAUAACAGACACAAGAACAUGGUUAAAUGACAGUGAAAUCAAUCCAUCAAUUAAUGUUUUUACAAAUAUUUUAAAGCCUUUAAAGGAUCGUGGAACAAUUAUUCAGGCAGAGAUUCAUAGCAGGAGGAGAGACGAUAAUACUCAAUUUACAAUAUUACUCAAUAAUAUGCGUUGUAUGAUGAUCCUUGAUUGGCUUGAACAAGCUCGAGAUUUUAUACUUCAAAUUGAUGAACAACCAGCAGAACUUCAAGUUUUACAUAAAAAGGAAGUUCCAGUUAAUAACAGUGGAACAUUUGAGCUUAAAUUAAAUGUCACUGACUCUGAAUUAGUCUUUGUUGAAAGAACUGACCAAUUUGAUACAAAUGCAGUCAUCCUUAAAUCCACAACAGUCCUUAAUUUCAAGCCACAUGAAAUUAAUAAAAGUAUGUCGAUAAAUUUAAAUAAUUUAGAAGUAUUCAGUUGUGUUUUUAAUGCUGAAGAUGAGACAGCACUUUCCAUCAUAGAUCCAGUAACAGUAAAUAUGGAAGUACGUAAAGGAACACUUGGAAUUCAUUUCCAAAAGCACUUCCUUAUUAGAUUGUCAUAUCAUGAUGUAAAAAUGUUCCAAAGAAUGCUACAGUCACUUCCACAACAAACUCAUCAUGCUAGGAACAGAAGAAGUGGAUCUGGUGUAAUUAUUAGUGACGGACGGAAUUUACUGAAAUUAAAAUCACUUGGAUUUAAGCAUGAAGAUUGUUUAUUGGCAUUAGAAGUUAGUGAUAAUCAGCUCGAUGAAGCAGCAUUGUGGCUUACACAAAAUGCAGAGCCAUUAAGAAGUCCAGCACAUAGAAAAUUAAAUGAAGAAGAUGGAAUGGAUAUAAAUACAAUAGAAGUGAAAGCAUCAAGGAUAUCAAUUUGUGUCAUUGAUGAUUGUAAGGAUGCUGAUGUUCCUUUAAUAGAAUUAUCACUAACACAUUUAGAAUUGGUCCAGGAUAUAAAUUUUAAGGAACGAACACCAAUUAGUGGAAAUAUUCGAGAAGGACAUUUAAAAACAGUCCUUGGAUCAGAUUAUUAUAAUCGUGGAUUAAGUGGAUGGGAACCAAUUGUUGAGCAAUGGAAAUGUGAGGCUAAUUGGAGUUACAAUGCAGCACAAAUUGCUUCACAGUCAUCGAGAUUAAAUUUAAAGAUAAAAAGCAAUGAAGUUUUAAGAUUAAACGUGACUAGCACUUUGAUGGAGAUUUAUGAGAUUGUUAAAGACAAUUGGAUGCAGGAUUAUUAUUCUACAAAUUCAUCAGUUAUGAUUAAAAGAAGUCCAUUCGUUCCAUUCGCAAUUAAAAAUGAUACUGGAGCUAGAUUAUUCUUUACAACUUAUGUAUCAACUCCUGGAAAUAAUACAAUUUAUAAUCCAUCGCAGCAAAGUCGUACUCCAAAAGAAUGGAAAAUUGUUGAAGCUGGAGAUACAAUAACAUUCAGUUUCAUGCAGACACAGACUAAGCAACGUCACAUCGAUUCACAUAAAUCAAUUUUACAUCAAAUAUCCGUGAGAGUUGAAGGAUGGGCGGAAGUUGGUCCAAUUUCUGUUGACAAAGUCGGUACGUUCUUUAGACAUGCCGGUCCGGAAAUUGUGGAUACUUAUUCAACAGCACCGAGGUCGAGAAUUGUGUUUGCAGUUAGUCUUGAGGGAUCAGCGAGAAAAUUGAUAACGGUGAGAUCAGCACUAAAGUUCAUAAACAAACUAGACCAUCCAAUAUUGAUGAAAAUGGAUCAUCUUUUUGGACAUUUAAAUAUUCGUUCCUGGCCUCCAGCUAGAACUGUUAUUGUAGCAUCAAAUGAGAAUUAUAGCGUGCCUCUAAGUCAUGUUCAUGCAUUUUUAUACGUAAAGCCACUUCCACUGAACUUUAGUCUCGAUGAUGUUGCUGUUAAUUCUAAUAUUUUAACGAAUAAUCAAAUAAUUGAUAGACUUGAUGGAAAUGAAUAUUGGAAUAGAUUUGGUAAAUUUUGUGAUGGUGGAACUGUCGGCAACUUUCAAUUUACUGAAAAAUCGAUUCAUUGGAAGGAUGUUCAUGAUCCAACAGAAAUUCAUCAAGAGACACGAACAUGUUGCAGCAUAAAUAAUAAAAUUUAUAAAUUAGUCUUUGCAAUUAAAAAGGAAUCGUAUCCAAGUAAAGACAACUCAUUAAAUGCAUUACUUCCUGGUCAUACAAUAACUCUUUGGCCACCAUUGAGACUGCACAAUCUACUUCCAUGUGAUUUAUUAUUUAGACUUCCGACUGGAACUCAAGGACGUAUUUCAUCCUCAAAUACAGCAAAUAUCCAUGAAGUUGACUUGGAUCAGCCAUUAGAAAUAACAAUAACACUUGAUUCAUUCUCUGGUGCUGGACAAAUUUACAUUCAGUCAGUAGCAUCAGGCACAGCAGAAGUAGAAUUAAGAUUAACGGAUGUAAAUGGAAAAAUUUUAAUUCUUAAAGCCUUAAUUCAAGUCUUUCGUGGAUGUGGCAUGCAAAUAUCUAUCUCAGCACCAUUCUGGCUUAUUAAUCGAACAGGAUUGCCUUUAAUAUUCAGGCAGGAAGGCGUCUCAACAGAAUUUGCUGGUCAAUUUUCUGAAAAUGAGCAAGCUCGAUUAGUUUCGCCUUUAAUGUUCUCAUUCAGUGAUCCAGACAGUUCAAUGGCAUUAACAAUACGAUUAGGAAGGAGAUAUGGAACUAAUUUGCCAUGGUGUCAGCCAUUUAAUCUCCACAAAGACAUUCUUCAUCGUCAAUUGAAAUCAAAUUCGACAAAUGAAACGUUCAUAAUUGGAAUAGAAGUGAGAAGAGGUCGUGGACGAUAUUCACAGACAAGCAUUGUUACAUUCUCGCCAAGAUUCCAAUUAUACAAUAAAAGCUCUUACAAGCUACAAUUUGCACAAAAAUGCUUUGCAACUGUUUUAACAGAUCAAAUAGCUCAAUCGACUUUUAUUGAAGCUGUGCCUGGAUGUCAUUUACCCUUCCAUUGGCCACGACUUGAUAAAGAACAACAAUUGUGUGUACGGUUACCAGAAGUUGAGGAAUGUUUAUGGUCAAGUGGAAUUCCAAUACAAGAAACACAAUCACUUUACAUUAAUGUAAGAGAUAUAAAUGGAAUCAUGCAUUUCUUAAGAUUGGAAAUUAUCUUACAAGGUGCUACUUAUUACAUGCUUUUUGGAAAUGCUGAAGUUCUUCCACCGCCAAUUAGAAUUGAUAAUUAUAGUGAAGUGCCAAUAAAAUUCUAUCAAAAUAAUUCCAGGAAUAUAAUUAAGACUUCUGUUAAGCCACAUUCAUCGAUGGCUUAUGUACUUGAUGAAAUUAAUGGUGCACAGUCAAUUUGCUUGGAAGCACCCGAUGGAGAUACAGCAAAAUGUCCACUUUAUAGACAAAAUGAUGCACAACCUCGAUUAACUUACCAAAAUUUCAUUUACAUCGCAUUUACUCACACAUUUGAGAAUGUAUCAAACUUUAGUGCUAAUUAUGAUGAUGAAUAUGACAUUAAGGCACAACAACUAGUUCUUGGCGUUAUCGGAAAUCGAGUUGUGCUAGUUAAAAAGCAGCCUGGAGAUCGAUCACAAUUGUGGAGAAUGAAUAAUGAGAAACAAUUGGAACAUGAAGGUUCGUCGCCUCCAACAGAGCCUGGAAAAGCUUCACAGAGAUUUGUACUAGAUCUUGAAAAGCCUCCGCAACCACUGCAACCUAAUCAGCUUGUUGUACGUCCAGCAAAUUAUCAGAGAAGAUCUACACAAACUUGGUACUUUACAGAAGAAGGAAGAUUAAUGUGUGAGCAUACAAAUUUAUGUGUUCAGCCUAGAAAUGGAUUCUUUGGACUGAGAAAUGGAACAGAUGCAGUAUUAGCAUUGAUUGUUCGUGAUACAAAGAUUAUUAACAGCUAUGGAGUUCCAUUUGAGCAAGCAAUUGAAAGACAAAAAAUGCGACCUGGUUCUGGAUAUCUUUCAAUUAAUUUCAGAAUGGACGGUCCAAUAAAGACAUUACAAAUUAAGGAUGUUAAGUUUAAGAAUGAUUUGACACUUGCUGUUGAUCCUCAUUGGCGUCAUGUCUCUCAUAUCCUUCCAAAUUCUUAUCAUCCUGAACAUAACGAGGAAACGAAUGUCAACAAGUCAAUUGAUGAAUAUCACAUAAACUUGAACUUAACAAAAGGAAUUGGAUUCUCAUUAGUUUCUAAAAGACCAUACGAGGAACUUGCUUAUGUUUCAUUUGAGGAUAUACAGACUGAAAUCAUUAAUACACCUGUUAUUAAAUCACUAGAUUUAAGCGUACGUGAUGUUCAGAUUGAUAAUCAAAUGCUCGAAACUUCAUGUCCAAUUUUCAUGUACACAAUUAAGAAUUCAUCGGAUACACUUGUUGAGGAUAAGUUGCCAGCAUUGCAGUUUAAUAUGAAAAUUCUGUCAAGUCCGAAUAAAAAUGCUGUUAUUUUUGAGCAUUUGAUAUUAAGUCUUCGCCCACUGACUGUGUACCUUGAAGAAAGACUGCUUCUUCGCUUAGCUGACUUUAUUGGAAUUGGCAAAACGACUCAAGAUCCAGCAGCACUUCAAGAUGAAUCAGAUUAUGAAGCACAAAGGAUUGUAACGAAAGUAUUGUCAGCAAAUGCCAAAAGAUAUUAUUUUGGUGAUUUAUCGCUAGUUCCAAGUCAAAUUAGAUUGAGUGUAAUAACAGCCUCAAAGUUACCAAUAAAUUUAAAUGAGAUUAAGAAAGGUCUUGGACUGACGCUGAUUAAAUUUGAGGAUGCUGUAAUUAAUUUUGACAAGUUCUGUGAUCGUCAUCAUUUUGAGACAUCGGAAGUUUAUUGGGCUGCAAUUAAGUCACAUUAUAAGCAGGAAUUAAAAUGGCAAGCAGCUUCGAUUCUUGGCUCAGUUGAUUUUCUAGGAAAUCCACUUGGUUUUGCAAAUGAUUUAACUGAAGGAGUAAGCAGUUUAUUAAAGGAAGGAAAUGUAAAAUCUCUAGUCAAAAAUGUCACUCAUGGAAUCAGUAAUUCUACAGCUAAAUUAACAGAAACUCUCAGUGAUGGUCUUGGGCGUGUAGUUCUAGAUGAACAAUAUACAGAAACAAGACAAAGAAUUUUAGAAGUAAGCACAACAAGCGGUGGAAAUUCAACUGGUGAUCAUUUAGUUGCUGGAUUGAAAGGUUUUGGUUUUGGACUUCUUGGAGGUGUUACAUCAAUUGUUAAACAUACUUAUUCAGGCGCACAAGCUGAUGGAAUUCCAGGUUUUUUGUCUGGUCUUGGAAAAGGAAUUGUUGGAACUGUAACUAAGCCUGUAAUCGGUGUUUUGGAUCUUGCUAGUGAAACUGCAAACGCAGUUCGCGAGACAAGUAGAAGUUCAAAUCGAAUAUUACCAGAUCGAAAGCGUCCACCAAGAUGUGUGACUGGAUCAGCAGGAGGUUUACUUCCAGCAUACACAUCUCUCGCCAGUAAAGGCCAACAACAUUUAUUAAUGAUUAACAAAAGAGAUUAUAACGAGAAGCUAUUAGCAUACGAACCAUGUUUAUUGGAAUCAAAAGAAUCAAAACUGAGAUUAUUAGUAAGCACUGAAAAUAUUUGGGUAUUUUCAAAGUCUGAUGACAUUCCGAUGGUGAUAUUUUGCUAUAAUUUAUCCGAAUUAAUAACAUGUCGUCAUAUUGAGGUUCCAUUUGAAGGAGGCAGUUCCUCAAACUCUAAAAAAUCAAAUUCACAUUAUAUUGAGCUAUGUCUAUCGCUUCCAUCAAAAACAUCACUGACACCAAGUGCUCCUGAAAUGGUUAAAAGACCUCGAGUAAGAUGUCAAAGUGAGGAGAUUGCUAAAAAGGCUGUUCGUCAUAUAACGUACGCAAAGAGCGUGUUUGAGGAGAAGGAGCAUGCUUUGUCAGAAAUUGCUUAA